CAAAGUGAAGUGAGUCAGUCAAUCGUUGUUUUGGAAAAGUGACGGUUGUGUGAAACUGUGCGAAAGUUGUUUUUUGUAUUUUGUGCUUUUUGAGUUCACGAUGUCGGAGGAAAUUGCUGAAAAUGGAACCACCAACGGGGACGUGCCGGAGAUCGAGCUGAUUAUCAAGGCGUCCACGAUCGACGGGCGGCGGAAGGGCGCGUGUCUGUUCUGCCAGGAGUACUUCAUGGACCUGUACCUUCUGGCCGAGCUCAAGACCAUCAGCUUGAAGGUGACGACAGUGGACAUGCAGAAGCCUCCGCCAGACUUCCGCACCAACUUCGAGGCGACGCACCCGCCCAUCCUCAUCGACAACGGGCUCGCCAUCCUCGAGAACGAGAAGAUCGAGCGGCACAUCAUGAAGUCCGUGCCGGGCGGACACAACCUCUUUGUACAGGACAAGGAGGUGGCGUCCCUCAUCGAGAACCUGUACUCGAAGCUGAAGCUGGUGCUGGUGCGCAAGGACGAGCACAAGUCCGCGUCGCUGUUGGCGCACCUCGGCCGCAUCGACGCGCUGCUCGCCCGCCGCGCCACCAGGUUCCUGACGGGCGACACGAUGUGCUGCUUCGACUGCGAGCUGAUGCCGCGCCUGCAGCACAUCCGCGUCGCCGGGAAGUACUUCGUCGACUUCGAGAUACCCACGAGUCUAUCGGCGCUGUGGCGCUACAUGCACCACAUGUACCAGCUGGACGCGUUCACGCAGAGCUGCCCCGCCGACCAGGACAUCAUCAACCACUACAAGCUGCAACAGCAAUCGACUAAGGGCCUGCUAUCGCCCACGCUGAGCCGAACCCGAGUGGACACCAGCAAUAGCGCGUUAAAAAUGAAGAAGCACGAGGAGCUGGAGACGCCCACGUUCACCACGUCCAUCCCCAUCAGCAUCACCGACAACAACGGGGACCAGUAAUAGCCGCCCUCACCCUACACCUAGACCAAUAUCAACGACACUUCUUGUUCAAAUCACAUACCUUUUUGGUGUCCGCAUAGAACUUCCAAAAGGUAAAGGUGGGUUAAAUCGGCGAGAAAUACAACGGUUUCGACAUGUUAAAAGUCGAAAUUCUUGCCUGUUAGUUCUAUGAAUACGUAUGUGGUUUUUAGCCUGGCAACAUUAGGCGCGUUACAAAUGUCACAAUAUUUUUUGACUUCGAAUACUGUCCGGAACCAUAGACAUACCGGAUAUAGACACAAAAAGUUAUGGUAAUGGUCUAUGAAAUUUAUUUUUUAUAAUUUGUGUGACUAUGAUUUGAAUCAAGGAGGCCAAGUUAUAUUUAUUUUGCCCGGAGCAAAGGUUCAGCACUUGAGCUAGAUAGCCUGAAAAAUAUAUAAAUACGGAAGACUGCACAACUGUACAAGCUAUAAAUUGUACAACUUGUAAGUGUAAGUAAAUUUUCUUGUACGUUUUGUAUUAAUUUUAACUUGGUGUUUUGCGUUUGCUCCGAGUCAUUUUCCAUUCCCUGUUUACACAUUUUGUGGUAACCUUGUCGCCCCGCCCUUUUCCGCACUUGAUAGAAAGAGAUGGUUAUAUUUUUGUAAAUUCAAACUUUAUUGUUGUAUUAAAAGAGGUAAGGAGAUUGAGAUUUGAUUGUCCAGAGCAAUAUUUCUGUUGAGAUUGAAUGUGUGGUGCGGUGCAAUUAUGAAUUGUGAUUUUUUUACCUGCUUGGUAUAGUUGAGUUUACCCGUUUCAAGAAGUUAGGUACAAGCUACCUAAAGUUACAUUAUAUCAGAACUAGGGGUCUUUCCAAGAGGUACCUUCUUAAAGGCAAUUUUUAUUAAAAUAAUAUUUUACUUCCCUAAAUUAGAAUACAUUUUUGACUUCCCUAAAUUAGAAGAAGGUGAAAUUGUGGCCAUCGACCAUUAUGGUACUGGUAGGGUAUUACUAUUACUAUUCUAAAUCUAUUUUGUAAUAGUGUACAGUCAGAGGUGCUGAUACAAAAUCAAAACUUUAGCAUUUUAAUUGCAUUAAAAAGAAACUGAAAAUGUUGCAUUUUAUUCAUAGUGCCUCUUUACUAAAAUUAGUGUACUUUAUGUUCAAACAACGAAUGUCCCGACAUUAUUUUUGUAUCAUAUUCUAAGAUGUAAGUAAGAUCGGUUACAGUAUUGAAAUGUCCUUUUGGACUUUUUAUUUUUUUAUUAAUUAGGUUAGAUGCAAAGGAAUUUGACCGCCAUUUCUUGUAUGAAAAUCGCCUUUACAACCCCUAUCUAUUUUGUUUAGUCGUUGGUUAAUAAUGAGCACUCUUGCCUGCCUAUCAUACUGAUGAAGGUAUUGUACUUACAUAACAUACUUUUGUUCAAUCACAUUUAAAUGUUACUUACAACAUUUUUAUUUAUUUACUUAAAAUAUAAACAACAAUAGAUUAGGAAGCGAGGCUUUAACAAUGACCACCUAAUUUAAAGUAGUAAUUAUAGUUAUCGGUGUAAGUGUUUUUAUCACGGCACUCGUGUUGCAUACAAGAUGGAGUCAGUGUUGUGGUAAGAGCUUGUUUUUAGUUACAUUUUUUUCCACACAAAUAUGUUUAAUUUAUAAAGUAGUACAGAUACUGUUGACGGGCGAGAUAACCAUUUUGUCGGUUUGGACAAUGUAUAAAAUAUUAAUACUAGAUUUUAAUUAAGUGUUAAGGAAUAAACCUGGAUAAAUAUUA